GAAGGAGUCUUGCUGAAUCCUACCCCAAAAACCCCCCAACAAAAACUCUACGAGAGAGCGAGAGAGAGAUACGAAUGUGCCCAAGCCGACAGCUGGACAUACGCUACGUUAAGGCACAGUGAAGAAGAAGAAGAAGAGAGAAGAGCGCAUUUUGCUAAACGCAUUGUAGAACGCUCCGGAACCGGAACCGAACCGAACCCGAACCCGAAUCGCAAACGAACGCAAUUUGCGUGCAAAAUAAAGAAAAACAAUCAAAAUUUCACCAAAACUAAGCUGCAAGGCUAUCAAAACGGCAAAACGCGCCGUACCUAUGUCAGUGUUAACUCAAUUGCUGCUGAAUUUCAAUCAGAAGGCCCAAACCCGAAGCCAUCACAAUUUAGAGCUGAUAAACUCCUUCAUAACAUAACAAAGAGCUUGGAACCAGUUCGCGAAUCGAACCAGCAACAACAGGAGGAGACGCGACCACCAUCCAUCGUUAUUUUACGGCACCCAGUUAGGGAGAAAUUUGCAAACAUUUUUUACCGGAAGAGAAAAAAGAAAUCAAAUCAAAAGAAAAUGAACUUAAAUCUGUGCGCUAUAGCGCUGCUGCUGUUUGGCAGCCUCUCGGGCGUCCAGAGUCGCGCCGUGGACAUUGUGGACGAGAGCAACGAUGAUGUCGAUAACUCCAUUGAGCCGGAGCCGGAGUCGCCCCAGUCGAAGCACAGUCGCGCCCGCGCCUUCGAGGAGGAUUGGCUGAAGUUCACCAAGACGCCGCCCACGAAAAUCCAACAGGCACCGGGCGCCACAUUGGAGAUUGCCUGCGAGAUGAUGGGCUCCCAGGUGCCGAGCAUUCAGUGGGUCGUCGGCCGUAUGCCGCUCUCGGAGAUCGAUAAUCUGGCGCCCAACACCUUCUCGGAGGAUGCGCCCUCGGCGAUUGUGCGCGUCCGAUCCGUGCACAUUGUCGAUCAUAUGCUGAGCGGACCGCGCACCUAUACGUGCAUUGGACGCACCGGCUCCAAGACGAUCUAUGCCAGCACUCAGGUGUAUCCGGCGCACUCCGAACAGGAGCUGGGCGGUCUGAUUGUGCCCGAGAAACAGUAUCCGGGUCCACAGAAGCCGCGCAUCAUUUACACCGAGAAAACGCAUCUCGAUCUGAUGGGCUCCAGCGUAAUGCUGCCCUGCAAGGUGCACGCCAAUCCCCAUGCCAAGAUCACCUGGAGGAACAACGAGGACAAGGACAUCGUGCAGAGCCAUCGCUUUAAGGUGCUGCCCACCGGUGAUCUCCUCAUCUCCGAUCUCAAAUGGGAGGACAUGGGCAACUACAAGUGUAUAGCGCAUAAUGCCGUUGGCCGCGACUCGGCCGAUACCUUCGUUUACCCCGUACUUAAGGAACAAGACUAAAGAUUCCACACACAAGGCUAUUGGAUUGACGAAACCACAUUUUUAGUUAGUUAGAUAGAUCAAAUGCCUUUGAAGAUGCGUGAAAACAAAGAAACAAAAAAAAAACAAAACAAAACCACAAAAAAAAAAAAACAAAAACAACAUAACAAAUAGGAAAAACCCAAAAAAAAAAUGAAGAAACAACACAGUUUAGCCCUAAGUUGAACUCUAGAAUCUAAUGCCGGCUUAGACUUUAAUCUUAAAAGCACCGUUUUCCUCUUCUUCUUUCCACAUCGAAUAAUUUACGAAUACUAAUUUAAUGCGGGAAUAUAUCAAAUUCCCCCACGCCUCCCCCGCACAACUAAUAUUUGUUUUUAAGUUCUUACACUUAUUAUUAAUUUUUAGUUUUAGUUUGCGUCAGGUAAACAAAUCUCGUUAUGUAAGUAGCAAUGAUUGUUCCUAACGAUUCAGGCAAAAGAAAAGAAAGAACAUUAGUUAACGUUAAUUAAUUGGCCGUUACUUAAUAUAUGUGUGGCUAUGAGCCAACCAGAAACCAUCAACAAAUCACCAAACCAACCAAUCAACAAAUUCGGCUCGAAUUCACGAAAUCACGAAAUCAUGAAAUCACGAAUUUGCGAAGUUAGAAAUUCACGAAUUCAUGAAUUCACGAGUAAAUGAAAUCAGGAAUUUACGAGUUCAUGAAUCUACGAAGUCAUGAAUUCACGAGUUCAGAAAUACACGAAUUCACGAGUUCACGAAUUCACAAAUAAACGAAUUCAUUAAUUCGCGAGUUCACGAGUUGAUAAAUUUACGAGUUCAUAAAUUCACGAGUUCACAAAUUCACGAAUUCAUGAAUUCACGAGUUUAUAAAUUCACGAAUUCACGUUCUCAUUUUCUACAAAUUUAUUUAUUGAACCAGCAUCGUCCAUACACACACACACACACAUCCAUAUCUAUAUAUUCGCAUACGAUAAAGUAUUCACUGGGUUAACAGAACAGUCUUUAAUUUUACACUCACACACACACACACACACACACACGCAUACCCUAUAUAUUGAACGCAGAAGAGUUACCUAUACCAUCAUAUUAUGUUUUAUUUUGAUAAGCUAAUUGAACUGAAUUAUGGUUUUUUUAUUUUGUAUUUUUAUAUACUAUUAAUUGAAUUAAUUUAAAGUGUUUG